GCUAACCAAUCACAUGCUUCCGGUUAUAUCCGAGGUAGUUCGAUCGCUUAUGACGAUUAUCUCGUUUAUGUAACCGACGACGACGCAGAAACUCUUUGCAGCUGCCAAUUGCCCAUGUUGGUAUGCGGUCAAUCUUCUUGAUUCCCAUUCCUCAUUGUUUCAAUAUAAAAGAACUACCAUCUGCAACAUUUGAACGCUCUCGAGUCCAAGAGUUGAUUCGAUGUAACAAUCAACCGCUAGCUGAACUCAAACAAACACUUGACCCACUAUCGAGACACCUAUUGAGUGGCCUGGCAUAUACCAUUGGUUCUGCACUAGGUUCUGAGCCGCCAACACGAGAGGAAUGCCUCACGGCAUUCAGCAUACCCAACAAAGCGGGACUCACGGCUGGUGCUCGUGCAUGGUCAAAGCAUUCGCACCGCUCCCAAGGGAAGACACCAGGAGCAAAGGAUUUUCCAGUAAAAAGAAACAAUAAGGGGCAGAUAAAAACAGACACAGGGUGGUGGGGCCUCCCUUCCGGUUCAGUUUCCUCCAUCAAUGAGCGUGCGCUGACAUUAUUUGAACGAGUGGUGGAUAAUUCGACUUGGAGGAAUCUCCAUUGGCUACCGCAUCGGGUCUUGGUAUAUGAAGUACGGGUAGCAGAAGGCUAUGGUAUGCGCUGGUCACAAGAUCAUAGCAUCAUAGAGAGCGGCGGGGAAGUUGUUGUUGAACUUCCUUCAUGGACAUUCCGAGGGUUUGUGGAGCCAAUGAUUGAAAAUGGUCACGAAGUAGGAUGGAAACACCAGAUUUAGAUACCUAGCAGUAAUAUUUCCACUACUCAAGUUUGUGAGCUUGCUUGAUUGAUUGCUUGGUGCACGAUA